UAAUGGACGGCUUCAUCAUCACCGCGGCGAAACAUGGCGCGUAAAAAGAGGCGCUAACUGGAACAGACCUCCAUUACCCUGCAGGAAUGUUCACCCUCACAGAAGUAGCCUCUCUGAAUGACAUCCAGCCAACCUAUCGAAUCCUGAAACAUGGUGGGAUGUCUUCAUGGAUUAUCUUGUUAUUGUCAUGUUGAUGUUGGCCAUAUUUUCUGGAACAAUGCAGUUGACCAAAGACCAAGUGGUUUGUCUUCCCAUUCUGGAGCAAACUCCAGAGGGGGCUGGGGGCUUCUUAGGAUCCCAACCAGCAGAGACCGCUGAUAGUUUAUGGAACAAAGAAAGCGCCAUGGGUGAGCGAGCCGCUCCUUUAAUGGCCAAAAAGCCUCCCGAUAGCAUCGGCCCCACAAUUCCCUUCCCCCAGUCGGCUACUUUUGGGCAGCCACUACUUACAGGCGUCAGGACUGAGCUGGAUUUUCAGCAGUAUGUUUUUGUCAACCAGAUGUGCGACCAUGUCGCCCUUCCUUGGUAUUCCAAAUAUUUCCCAUACCUCGCUCUAAUCCACACUAUUAUAUUAAUGGUCAGUAGCAACUUCUGGUUCAAGUACCCAAAGACAAGUUCCAAAAUAGAACAUUUUGUUUCCAUACUUGGAAAAUGUUUCGAAUCCCCCUGGACUACCAAAGCUCUCUCCGAGACAGCGUGCGAGCACUCGGAGGAAAACAAGCAGAGGCUGGCUGGUGCCUCCUCCCUCCUGAAGCAUCUGUCCACCUGCAGCGAGAAGGGGAGUCCGAACCAGUCCGGCCCGGUGCUGACUAAAUCCGGGGUCACGUUUUCCGCUGAGAAGCUCGUGAGUUAAGUUCCCGCCAUGACCAUACUGGACAAGAAAGACGGCGAGCAAGCAAAAGCCCUGUUUGAAAAAGUUCGGGAAUUCCGAGCCCACAUAGAAGACAGCGACUUGAUUUACCGGCUGUACGCCAUUCAGACGGUCAUCAAAACGGUCAAAUUCAUUUUGAUCCUGUGCUACACGAUGACUUUUGUCGCCUCCAUAGAUUUCGACCAUGUGUGCGAGCCUGAAAUAAAGCAUUUGACUGGAUACACCAAGUUCCAUUGCACGCACAACAUGGCGUUCAUGAUAAAGAAACUCCUCGUGAGUUACAUUGCUCUCAUAUGCGUUUACGGCGUGAUCUGUAUAUACACGCUGUUCUGGCUUUUUCGGAGACCUCUUAAGGAGUAUUCCUUUGAAAAGGUCAGAGAGGAGAGCAGCUUUAGCGACAUCCCAGACGUCAAGAAUGACUUUGCGUUCCUCCUCCACAUGGUCGAUCAGUGCGACCAGCUGUAUUCGAAGCGGUUCGGCGUGUUUCUCUCCGAGGUGAGCGACAACAAACUUCGGGAGAUCGGCCUGAACCACGAGUGGACCUUCGAGAAGUUGCGGCAGCACGUGACGUGCAAUCCUCAAGAGAAGUUGGAGCUCCAUCUUUUCAUGCUCUCCGGAGUGCCAGAUGCCGUGUUUGAUCUCACGGAUUUGGAAAUACUUAAAUUAGAACUAAUCCCAGAGGCCAGAAUUACUGCUAAGAUUUCACAAAUGCUAAACCUCCAGGAGCUGCAUCUCUAUCACUGUCCGGCCAAAGUUGAACAGGCUGCUUUCAUUUCCCUCCGCGACCACCUCCGGUGCCUUCACGUCAAAUUUACCGAUGUUGCGGAGAUUCCUAGCUGGGUGUACUUGUUGAAGAAUUUAAGGGAACUGUACUUGGUUGGCAACCUGAACUCUGAAAACAACAAAAUGAUCGGCCUCGAGUCUCUGCGAGACCUCAGGCACUUGAAAAUGUUGCACCUCAAAAGCAACCUCACAAAGAUCCCGACGAACAUAACGGAUCUGUCUCCGCAUCUCGUCAAGCUGGUCAUCCAUAACGAUGGCACAAAGCUCUUGGUUCUGAAUAGUUUGAAGAAAAUACUGAAUCUCGCCGAACUGGAGCUUCUCAACUGUGAGCUGGUUUUCAGUCUGAGCAACCUUCAGGAACUGGAUCUGAAGUCCAACAACAUUCGUACCAUCGAGGAGAUCAUCAGCUUCCAGCACCUCAAGAGACUGACGUGCCUCAAACUUUGGCACAACAAGAUCAUCACCAUUCCCGUGUCAAUCAGCCACGUCAAGAACCUCGAGACGCUCUAUCUCUCACACAAUAAGCUUGAGUCCCUCCCCUCAUCGUUGUUCACCCUCCUCAAGUUACGGUACCUCGAUGUGAGUCACAACUCCAUCGCGGUGAUACCGCUGGAGGCUGGAUUCCUGCAGAACCUCCAACAUUUUGCCAUUACAGGCAACAAAGUGGAGGUAGUUCCCAAGCAACUGUUCAAGUGCAACAAACUGAGGACCUUGUGUCUCGGCCACAACUGCAUCUCCUCCGUACCGGAGAAGGUUGGCCAACUCUCGAAGCUGACACACCUGGAACUGAAGGGAAACUGUCUGGAUCGUCUCCCGGCUCAGCUCGGUCAGUGCUUCCUCUUGCGCCGGGGCUGCUUGAUCGUGGAGGAUCAUCUCUUCGACUCGCUCCCCUUGGAGGUGAAAGAGAGCAUCAAUCAGGAAUCUGGUGUUUCUGUCCCAAAUGGUUGCAAGUGUCUAAGUGAUGGACGGUAGUCCCACCCUACGUGGCGUUUCAUCUUCGUGGCAAAGUUAUUUUUCUCUCUUUAUUUUAAUCGUGCCAUGAGAACAAGCUGUCCAUGGUACUCUAUUUGUACUCUUCGUGAUGUUUUCGCAACUUAUAUAAAGAAUUUACGACAGCACAGACAAGAACGGUACCACGGGAGACAUUUUAGUUGAACUCCAGAAAUGAUCAUGGUUUGUGUCUUGUCGAUAUAUUUUUGUAUUGUCAUUUUUUAAUGUAGGGACAUGGUAGCAGUUAAAUAACGUGUACCUUUCUUAUGCAAAACGUAUGGACAUUUGUAUCAUUUUAAAACUGUGCCCCUUUUUAUUUAUUUAAAUAUUCUUGACAUAGGCCUACACUGGAUUGACCUAAACUUAGAGCGUCACUCAAAUUACAAAACAAAAAAGUAGCACUCGCCUUCAAUAGUAUAUAUAGUUGUGCAAGUAGUUGUACAAUUUCUCAAAUAAAAUGGUUGUAAGUAGAAUUUGGUCCGUGGUGCUCACAGCAAUAGAAUAUUGAUUUGAACACAAAUUCAACAGUGACAUUUUAUUUCCAGUAACAGCAUCCCAAUUACCCUGAAUAUAACCUUGCAGUUUUUAUUACACCUACAUUUUACCCCAAAAAAAGUGUUCUUAGUGAAACUUGUUUACAGCAGGUGUGUUGAUUCUCAGUGACUGGGACGUUGCUCCUGGAAGGAGACGUUGCUGUUGAAACAUUACAUUGCGCUUUAAUUGUAGUGGGAUGGAGGCAGAAAUCUCAGGUAUGGAUGUGUCAAAACUUGAACGAAUAAAUAGAAAAUGUGUUUAUUUUUGUUAUUUGGGUAAACUAACCCUUUCAGAGAAAAAAUCAAAUCAAGAUCCAAUUGCCAGCUUCUCCCAUAUUGCCGUAUACGGGCCUAGAUCCAGUAUUAUUGUCAGGUUCUUGUGACGGGGUGAGGCUCAGGCGCAGAGUGACAGGCUGGACGCAAUAUGAAUAACAAAAAAAGCACUCUUUAAUGAGGCAAAACAGUUUCCAAAAAAACAAGGUCCAAACAGGGCAGGCAGAGAAUCCAGGUUCGGGGCAGGCAGGGUCAAAAGGCGGAACCAGGAACACGGACAGGACGACGGGAAAAGGACACGGAACUAGAGACGACAAUCCAACAGGAGACAAGGGAAAGACUGACACAACAUAUAGGGGGGGAAACACAGGUGUACGACAUCAGACACUAACGAGACAAGAGUGGCUGAGGGCAGGUGCAGGAAAUUAAACAAUUAAGACAGAGGAGACACAGAGGAGACACAGGAGACACGGAACACAGGAGAAACAGAACAGGGUGUUACAAUUAUUGUCUUUAUGCAUUCCAAUUUGGAUAUACUUUUAAUAUUUCUAACACACGACAGUGAUGACGGCUCCCAUUUAAUCCUUUUCUCUACUUAUUACAUUUUAUUUUGAAAAGUCUUUUACGCCAUUAUUUUUGAUAAGGUAGAUUUGUCUUUUCUUCUUCUUCUUCUUCUUCUUCUUCUUCAUCUCAGGAGUCGUUUGUUUCCUUUCUUUUGUACAGCCAACCCCAAAUGAUUUAGAAUUUUUCAUUAAUUGUACAUUUGCUUAUGUUUAAUAUGCCGAGACACCCAGGUCAAAUAUUUUCAACUAAAAGAUAUCGCUAUAAAACUUCCCCAGCUGAUUACUUGCAUAAAGCUGAUUUCUUUGUAUUACAAGUUUUUUUAAAUGUUAUGUUUACAUAUACAAAUGAGGCAUUAUCUAACGGUAACGUUGGAUGCAUUUGAGAGAAAUCCACAGAUACAAAAAGACAAAAGAGUAAAUACCUGUGUAGCUGGUAUGUUUUUAAAUUUUUUUAUUAUUCUCUUUGGAAAAACAGAUGUUAUAGAAGCCAUCUCACCAAAAAUCUCAAAAUUUAAUGAAAUUGUGUUUUUGCCUUGGUGGUCUCAUUUAAUUAUGGUUCACUCAUGUGUAUUUAACAUGUAUUUUAUGUGUUCUUUGUAUGCAUUCAUGAUCUCAUCGUCUGUUAUCUGUUCUUCUCUCUGCACAGCACUUUGUAAACCUGGUUUUAAAAUGUGCUACAUGAAUAAAAUGAGUUAUUACACUGUU